ACUUGUCAGUAAGUUAAUUGGUACCAAUGAGAGUGCACGUAAUGGUCAGUGCCACAGGUCAUCGCUGACGCAACUCUCCUGUCUCUAUUCACCCGGAACCAGCCGUCCCUAAAAGCUCCAACGAUUGUCGCGACUGGGUCAUUCCGGAGUCAGAACACCCGCAGAGAGACAGAGAGAGAGAGAUGUGUACGUUGGAGAAAAGAGGCAAGAUCUUCAUCCUGACGCUAACGGGAGCAGGUGAACACCGCCUAAAUCCCGUGCUUCUUGAUGCGGUCCAGUCUGCUCUGCGCCCCGUCCGAGACGAGUCCAUUUCCUCCCCAUCUUUGGCUCUAAUCACCACCGCCCAAGGCAAGUUCUUCUGCAAUGGCUACGAUCUUGACUGGGCCCGGUCCUCUCCAUCUCGCACCGAACUCAUGAACUCAAAACUCCAAUCACUUAUUGCCGACCUCAUCUCGCUCCCCAUGCCCACCAUCGCAGCCGUCUCUGGCCACGCCUCAGCCGCCGGCUUCAUCCUCGCUCUGAGCCACGACUACGUCCUUAUGCGUAAAGACCGAGGCUUCCUUUACAUGAGCGAGCUCGAUAUUAACCUGGUAAUUCCGGCUUGGUUCAUGGCUCUAAUUGAGUGCAAGAUCGGCUCGCCGUUGACUCGGCGUCACCUGGUUUUAACAGCGGCUAAGGUGACGGCUAAGGAAGCCGUGGAGAAGGGUAUUAUCGACUCGGCACACGAUAGCGUGGAAGAGACGGUUAAGGCUGCGUUAAGGUUAGGGGAGGAGUUGGUGGGAAGGGAAUGGGAUGGACACGUGUACGCUCAGAUUCGAAUGAAUCUGUUGGCUGGGGUCUUGGAUGAAAUCGCUGCGAGAAGAAGCACUCGAUCGCGAAUGUAGACCGGACCCCUCAUUGCCGAUUCUUGCUCACAUAUGAUGCAGUUCUUCUUGUGUUUUCACCUGUGUUCUUUUUGGCUUGUGGGAAUAUUUAUUUUUGUUAGUAAAUAUGUAGUCAUUUGAUGUCUUGUGGUUGGGGAUUGAACUGAAUUCGACGUUAGACAUUUCACAAGUUAAGUUGUCUAUGCUUGUAGCUCAUCGACCCCGAUGGCCGGGAUGAAUGUCCAUUUGAUUCCAGAAUUCCGUA